AUGGGCCGUCCGUUCAACAAUUCGUGGCCAUCUGCCAAUCCCAAAUUUCAUGGGCCUUUCAAUCCACGCGCCGAGUUUCCUCGCAAUUUCACCGAUAGCCCAUCUCGGAAUGAUCGAAGCCAUGCAGUGCAGCAAUCACAGGACCACCAGGGCGGGAGCUUCCAGCGCAAGCGCUGGAGAGGCAAGCGAAACCGCAAUUGGAACGGAGACUGGCACGGGAAUCAAAACCGAAGAAAUCAACAUUCAUCUGGUUGGACCUCCAAAGACUUGGAGCUGAGGCUUCUCGCCCAGCCAAUCCAGCCGUCAGACUUGGUCACUUUCGAUCGCAUCGAAAUAGACGCACAAGGCGAUGUCAUUAUGACCGACGCCCCUCAAGCCCAGACCUCCAGCUUCAACGACGUGAGUCAAUGA